CUUUGUGCCGAUCGACGGUGCCGGUUCAAUGUGGAUUGAUUUAUUUGAUAUGUAGAGAGCUAAAUAUAUCAGACUUUGUUUCGGGUUACAUCUAUUUGACUGUUAUAAAGACAGACUCGCUCACUUAAAAAGAGAACACGUUUAAAAAUGAAUUACCUGCUAUUAGAGUAGACGGUGUUUAAAACAUCAUUACCUAACGUCUGAUACUACAGUGGACGGGGUUUUAUAUGCUAAGCUAUAUAAAUGGUAUCGGAAAUAUUUUGAUUCCAGGACUUUAAAUUGUGAAGAUCGUUUUUCAAGAAUAGUUUUCAACAGUGAAAGCCGUCUGCCGAUUACGUCAUGUCGCCGAUUGAUGGUUACUUCCUGUAUCUGGCUUCUCGCCUCGACAAACUACGACAGGGAGACAAUACCGAAGACAGAAACUGGCUGCAGGAGCUGAAGACCGUGUCCCUGUGGAGAGCCGUACUAGCUGAGUUCAUAGCCACACUGAUGUUCGUGUUUAUUGGAACCAUGUCAGCCGUAGACAUAGUCCCUAUAACAGACACAGCUGGGAAGUUCAUCAGGAUCGGCUUGACAUUUGGUCUGAUGAUUGCCGUAUGUAUCCAAAUGAUUGGUCACGUGUCUGGAGGUCACAUGAAUCCAGCAGUCUCCUUGGCAAUGGCCGUUGUUUUGGAGAUAAGUCCAGCACGUGCAGUGCUUUACACGGUGGCCCAGUGUUGUGGUGGGAUGCUUGGUUCUCUUCUGUUGAAAGGUGUGACUCCUGACGAGUUGAACGACAACCUUGGACUGAACACAGUAAAUCCUGAACUCAAUGGUGGCCAAGCGGUUGUGUGCGAGUUGGUGUUCACCUUUAUCCUGGUCAUGUCCAUAUGCGGGUGCACAGACCCCAACAGAGCCUUGCUUGGAAGCCCAGCCCUUGGUAUUGGGCUCACUGUUUCCGUCCUUCACUUCGCCUCUAUUCCGUUUACCGGCGCAAGCAUGAAUCCCGCCAGAUCCCUCGCAUCUUCGGUGGUCUCGAAUAAUUUCGACUUGCAUUGGGUUUAUUGGGUGGGCCCAGUGGUUGGCGGUGUGACCGCGGCGGUGGCAUACAAGUACCUGUUCUCUCCCUACCGUCAAACAUUAUCCUUCCCGGAGACGGCUAAAAAACUAAUGGAAUCCAACGAUGUGAUCAUACUACCCAAGAACUACUUUGGCGAACAGGGCAAUACUAUUGUCGAAUCUUGCAAGUUCUGACAACACUGUUUCAAUUGCAAAGAACCAUUUGAAAACAUGAACCACUUAGCCCAUUCUCGGUAUCUGAGAUUGUCUUAAGUCUAAGCCAUGGGCAUAUUUCAUCUGUUAAAAUAGUGGACGAAAUUGUGUAUACUAGUAUACCUUAAACUAUUAAAUACUUGGUAUAUAUUCACCGUUUGCUUUAGUCGAGAGGCUAUCACGUGACAAACAAUAAUGGUUUGUCGAACAAACCCGCGUGCGCUUACUGUUACAGACUGUUGAUUUCGGCACGGACCUACGGUUAAUAGGUCAAUGAUGUAGGGGACUGAGUCCUUAAGUCAUUAACCGUAUAUCUAAGUAUGUUUUAAGUUAUCCAUAUUCCUUUUCUUAUAUGAAACUAUGCUGAACUGUGCCACUUGUAUUUGAAAUACACUGCGCGUUUUCGAGGCCUUGUUUUAUACUGAUAUGUAUACUGUGUGUAAAUAAAAACAAAUAGUGUU